AUGGCUAUUCUACCGUUCAUGCUUGUUAUUGCUAACCUACUUUUGUUUGUCUCUCAAAUUUCCUCUGAAACUGAUACCAUUACCCAGUUUCAGUCUCUUCCUGAUGGAAGUUCAUUGGUUUCACAGGAUGGAACUUUUGAGUUUGGUUUCUUUAGUCCGGGUAGUUCCAAAAACCGCUAUGUAGGAAUCUGGUUCAAAAAUAUCUCUGUACAAACUGUUGUUUGGGUUGCCAACCGUGACAAUCCAAUCAAAGACAACUCAAGCAAGUUGAGCAUAAGCAAAGAGGGAAACCUUGUCCUUCUCAGCAAGAAUGGCACAGUUCAUUGGUCAACAAAUGCAACAACAAAAGGGUUAAGUGUCAUAGCACAACUCUUAGGUUCUGGCAACUUGGUUCUAAAAGACGAGAAAGACAAUAGUCCUCAAAACUACUUGUGGCAGAGCUUUGACUAUCCCUCUGAUACAUGUUUGCCAGGAAUGAAGUUAGGAUGGAACCUAACGAGUGGCCUUAACAGGCGUUUAACUGCUUGGAAGAAUUGGGAUGACCCUUCUUCUGGUGAAUUGAAUUAUGGCCUCUCACUAAGCAAUAAUCCUGAUUUGGAGAUUUGGAAUCGCUCAUCAAUGAUCUACAGAAGUGGACCUUGGAAUGGCAUUAGAUUUAGCGGUACAAAAACAGCAAAGCAACUUCAAUUGUUCAAUGUAGAUUUUGUGAGCAAAAGCGACGAGUAUUAUUUCAGCUACAAACCAAGGUAUGACCAGUCAUUGAUUACAAGAAUUGUCAUCAACCAAACCACUUUUUCUCUUCAGCGCUUCACGUGGAAUGAAACAAAUCAAAAGUGGAUGCAGUACUUAAAUGUACCAAGAGAUGACUGUGACAACUAUAAGCGUUGUGGGUCAUUCGGGAACUGUAAAAUGACGGAUAAGUCCCCAAUAUGCGAGUGUUUACAAGGAUUCAAGGCAAAGUGGCCUCAAAACUGGAGUGAAGGAUGUGUGCGCAGUGAAACUUGGAGCUGUAGGGAUAAGAAUAAAGAUGGUUUCACCAAAUUUAAUAACUUGAAGGUCCCAGACACUAAAAAAUCUUGGCUUGAUAGAAGAAUGACACUUGAGCAAUGCAAGGCCAGAUGCUGGGAAAGUUGUAACUGUACGGCUUAUGCAAACUCAGACAUCACUGGAGAAGGAAGUGGUUGUGUCCUCUGGUUCGGUGAUCUAUUGGAUUUGAGACAGCUUCCAGAUGCUGGGCAAGAUCUGUAUGUUAGAUUAGCUCCUUCCGAAAUAGGGAUCAUCAAGACAAAAGUAAAGAAAAACGAAAGCAAAGAAGAUAUGGAAUUACCUUUGUUUGACAUUGAUACUAUAGCGUGUGCCACUGAUGACUUCUCAAGUGACAAGAAGCUUGGCGAAGGUGGAUUUGGUCCUGUAUAUAGAGGCACACUCCCAGAUGGACAGGAUGUCGCUGUCAAACGGCUUUCACAAAAAUCUACACAAGGAUUAAAAGAAUUUAAGAAUGAGGUUAUAUUUUGUUCCAAACUUCAACACAGGAACCUUGUUAAAGUCCUAGGUUAUUGCGUUGAAGAACAGGAGAAAUUACUCAUCUAUGAAUACAUGCCAAACAAAAGUCUAGACUUCUUUCUUUUUGAUUCUUCCCGAAGUGAACUUCUAGAUUGGUCUAAGCGGUUCAACAUUAUAACUGGAAUUGCUCGCGGGCUUCUUUACCUUCAUCAAGACUCCAGAUUAAGGAUUAUACAUAGAGAUUUAAAAGCAAGUAAUAUUUUAUUGGAUAGUGAUAUGAACCCGAAAAUUUCUGAUUUUGGCUUGGCGCGAAUGUGUGAAGAUGAUCAGAUUGAAGGUACCACAAGCAGAGUCAUUGGUACAUAUGGCUAUAUGGCACCUGAAUAUGCAAUUGAUGGAAUAUUCUCCAUCAAAUCUGAUGUAUUCAGCUUCGGCAUUCUAUUACUUGAGGUUUUAAGCGGAAAGAAAAAUAAAGGAUUUUCCUAUUCAAACCACACCUAUAAUCUUAUUGCGCAUGCAUGGAGAUUGUGGAAAGACAGCAUCCCACCGGAAUUCAUUGAUACUUGUUUGGGGGGCUCGUAUUUUACAUCUGAAGCCGUACGAUGCAUUCAUAUUGGUCUUUUAUGUGUGCAAUAUCUUCCUGAGGAUAGGCCAAAUAUGACAACUGUAGUUGUAAUGUUAACCAGCGAAAGUGCUUUACCUCAACCAAAAGAGCCUGUCUUCUUAAUGGAAAAGGUUACUGUUGAGGAAAAAUAUAGUUAUGGCCUGAAGACGUACUGUUCAACCAAUCAAGUAUCUAUUUCAGAGUUUGAGCCCAGGUUGGGAACAAUUGAGGUAAUCUUGAAAAAUCAAGCUUCAGAGUGACUUUCUUGGAUUACAAGUACCCCAGCAGCAGCAGGAGAGCCUCAUAGGGCAAGAGGCCCGCAUAGGGUUAAGGUAUUUAUAACCGAUGGAGAUUUAUGUUAUGGAAUUACUGUAUAUACAUUUUGUGGAGCAUGUUAUAGUAUCAUGCACCAUUGUAUAGGCAGACAUGUAUUUUGGUGGAUGAUUGUACAUAUUCUUUUGUAGAAUGAUGUAUGAUCAUGCACAUGUAUA